CUGGAUCAGCAAAGCCUCGGCCCAUAUGUUGACAAGAUAAGAGCAAGGAGCGACAAACCGAACAUACGGAAUUCGUUGCCACGGGCCUCAUUCCCGGUCCCUCAUUCGUAAAUGUUCUUUCUUCCUGCUGGCAAGAUAAUCCACCCAAGGUCGGUGAGCGUCUCAUUUUGCCUACUGCUUCUGUCACAUGUAAUCAGGCAGGUUUCGUGGCAUGAUAAUAACUACCUCACUGACUAAUUACCAGCCAAGAAAUGGGUGCCAUCAUCAAAGAAGUCGUAAGCAAUCCACUGCGGAGGAUUGACAGCCAUUGAGAAUUGUGACUCAAAUGACCUGGAUUUGUUACUACCAAUUCUAGGUACCUUUAUCGCCAGAGAAAAUGGAACUCUUCAAUGAUUUUUAUUGAAUGAAGGAGUAUUGAGGAGGCAGUAAGAGGUAGUCUUAACACAAAGAUUCCCCCUACUCUACACAUCUUCUGAUCGCUGGUUCAAACUACUUGGAAACAACCGCCAAACGACAGUGACGAUGUGGAAUAUCUGCUCUUCAGAGCGUGCGUAUUGAUUUAUGCAGGCACUUGUAUGGCUUCGGCUCUUGAGAUCAGUGGAACAGCAUCAUGCUCACCAUUGAGUCGAUCCGACCUGCCGUGGAGUCAUGUCUGUCUGGUCCUAAGUAUGAGUAGAAUGGGGCGCCACGGAGAUAAGAUUGUACUUCUUUCGAUUUCGCAUUUUCUUGACUAACCAGCAACUUACACAAGCACUGAUCAUCAGCUCGUCUGCGGCCCGUUCACCCUGGCCUCGGCAUUCGAUGUCUUUCUUCCAGGGUCAAUACGCUCGAUUUCCAUGGCUAUCCCGCGAUCGGUCUACGGAUCGCAUCCCGGCCAACGUCCAAACUCCCGAACACCUUAGACAACAGCGGAUACCUUAUCCAAUAUGACAACCAUAGAAGCAUCUAAUUCAGCACCUCACGGCAGCCCCGGAUAGGGCAGAUGAUUAUCUUGCUCCCUCAUUCUCCUGCCAACUUCUAGCCGAGGUUCUCAUUAAUGCCUCGCAACAUAGCGUUCUCUGCUUCAAGCUGCUGUACUUGGUACCGCAAGCAAGCAAUGACCGAGUGUAACUCUGCGAGGUGCUGCUUGAGCUGCUUUGAUGCUUCUUCGGCCGCAAUAGCCCUCUCCUCGAAUCUUUGCCGCUCUUCCAUUCUCCUCUGGCGAUAGAUACGCUGUGAAUUUCUAUUUUGUGUGCGUCGUCUCUAGAAGUUUGAUAAACAGUCGGUCUCUUACUUUCAAAAUUCUUCAUACCUGGAUUCGGUUCAAUACAGGGUCUCGACCAUUAUGAAGUGGAGUUCGGGGCCGGCCAGUAGAUCUAGACGACACAAUUGUCUCGUCUUCAUCCUCAGCUGCAUCGUUUCGAAACUCUUCGCCCCUGUCUUGACAUGGACACGAGUCCUGCGUACUGCUAAAAGACGAUCCGCUUCUUUGAGUGAGCGCUGGAGUCUGGAUGAGUGAUGGCUGCCGUUCACUUUAACGUUUGCCUCGCCUCGGGAUAAAUCAUCGUGCUUACAUUGGGCGGCGUGAAAUAAUCAGUCCAUGUCGAUAAGGCGAUAUUGUUAUUUUCAGGGACCGAAUAAUUCUCGAGGCCAGCAGUCCAUUUCGUGGGAUAUGAAGUAUUGGAGAAGUUCCAACUUUCAUUUUUGGUGAGUCGAGGAAUUGAAGUCCCUUAAAUGGGUCUCCAGUCCGUCUCCCAAUCCAUUGAAUUUCACUCUCGUUUUCCGAAGAAAGCAAGUCCAUGCCUCUUGAUUUCGAACUUACUCACUACAUCGCAUGUCUGUUCCCCACAAUCGUUUGGAUCGCCAGAGAUGCUCUCGCCAUGUUGUCCUGGGCAUCACAUCUGGGCUUAGAUAAGCUCUGAGCUUAUUCUCCUCCAUUGGACAAUACUUCUGUGGCGUUUUGUGUACUGUUCACCAGAAAAGGAAAUCUGCAUGGGUGCAACAACCGCAAUCGUUUUUUCCCCGCUCUUUGGCGAAAGUAUCCACGUUUGUCAGCAACAUUGCAGAUAUUUCGAGCGUUGAUUUGGGGACCAUCUCCCGGAUUAUACGUUUCCAUAUGGAUGACCAAUCGUAUAUGUGGCUUAAUCUUCUCUGCCGAGACGCCAUCGCGGCAGACAGAUCGUCGAGAAGAGCGCCGGAACCUGGGUUCCUUGCUCGGAAUCAACCCCGUCCAACGACCACAGUUAGAUGAGCGUUUUAUCACCUACAUCAGGCGUUCUCGGCUCCUUAUCUUUACACGAGUUGGCCAUAUUUCUUGUCUCGUCGGCAGCGGCACCAGAGUACAGAUGAGCUUGCUAUCCUAGAGAAGCACACAGCAGAAAUUCGUUGGGCCAUCUUCGUAUCUGCGCGGAAAGGUCAAAAUGGAAGGUGAUAUACCUUCGGCAAAGCAAAGGGGAGCAGAAGCGAUAUUCAAAACGUUUGAACCCUCAACAAGGAAGUUCAAUGAUUCGAAAGCAGCAGCGGGGGAUACUGCUACACACUUUGAGUUUGUAGAUCCAAGACCCCCUAAAUCCUCUAAUAGAAGAGCGGCACGCUCUCAUGUAAUGCGAAGAUACCACACCGAGAAGCGAAAUCAACUCACCGGGGAGCCGAUUAAGGCUAUCCGAAACCCAACCCCGCCCGGUCAAGCAAGUGUGCUUGAGUGGCGUGCGCCUACUUCUCCGUCCCAGGGCUCUGGCACAACUUUGACUGGGCCUCCUCACUGUGGUAAACCACUUGCAUCACCAAGCAUCUCGAACAGGCUUUCCAGAACCACCAAGAAAGCCUCACAAUGCCUCUGUUGUUCCACGAAGGGCAAACAAUAUUGUCCCGCUUCAAACUGCACUUUUACGCGGCCUCAGCCGGAUUCAGGACUGGAACCAGUUUUCCAGGGGAUGUUUUCCGUCAGCAAUCGUUCUCUGCAGCUGCUUCGAUUCAGUAUCCACGAAGUAGCUCGGUUCAGUAUACCUAUAGGAAAUCAAGCUGAAGCAUCAUGGUUCACACAAGCAACUUCGAACCCCGCCUUCUUUCAUGGAACUCUUCUCCUUGGCGCUACAUAUCGUGCUCUAACGUUAGGUCGAACCCCGUCUCUCCCUCCAGAAUGUUAUUUUCACCAAGUCGAGGCGAUUCGCCACAUUGUCGCAAACCUCGAGAGUGCUGAAGCGCAAAUACAGGAAGCUAAUGUCGCUGCUGUUACUUGUUUGGCUGCCUUCGAGACGACUGUCAAUCAUGUUGCCAACGAGCCUGUGCACAUCGAUGGCUUGGAAAGGAUGCUUACCGUGAGGCGCGCAAAACACGAGGAGCUUGCGGGGUAUCUGCAAAAGCUCAUACAAUGGGUCGACGUCUCUCAUGCUUCAGCAAAUUUGCGACCUCCACGCUUCCUCUCCAUGCAAGCCAAAAUUCCCACCCCUCCGACUCAAACGCUCGACGAGGAAAUAAGUCUUCUCAAUGCUCUGAACUCUCAGUGGCCAGGUGUAUUCCCUUCUUCCCCCAUCAGAGUCUACGAAGGCAUGGACGACAUAACAGCUUGUAUGUUCCAUCGAGUCCGCCAACUCUCUUCCCUCGCUUCCCGAAUCCAUGCCUGUAGACCAGUAAGCGAAGAAACAGAAUAUCUAAGACAGCAAUAUACUCAAGGAAUGUUGCUACUAGAAGGUCAGGUCAACACAUCGAUCUGGUCACUUGCUCGGAACAAUGUCAGACAACAUGGAUCCUCAACUCAAGCUCGAGCUGAGGAUUCUGUGAGGGCGUGUACGCGGACAUGGCAUGGGACUUGUCUUCUAUACAUCCAUCUCUUUCUUCGGCGUGCACUUAUUGGCCCCAAAAGCAUCAUCAUCUCGAAAAUCGUCACAAGAGUGAAAUAUUCUUUACGAAUAUUGAACGACACAGAGUUAUGGGUAUCUUUCCCCAAGCCCUUCUUGCUAUGGGUUUUGUGCGUAGUGGGGGUUGCAGAGAGUGGAGUUGGGCAAUUUCCGGCUUAUGGAGAAACUUCGGACGACAAAAUAUGGUUACUGCAGAUCCUGGGGAAGCUGAGAGGGGUCAUGGGUCUGGAAAGCUGGGAGGAAGCAAAAUCGAUAGUGACUCAAUUCGCCUGGGUAGAACAUCUAUGUAAUACCCCGAGCAGGAAAUUUUGGGAGGAUUCAGACAUCUACGUGAUGGGUGUGGCCGACCAAUCAAGAUGAGACGAUAUCAGCCCGCGUGGAUUGUCCGUCACGACAUUGUCGAACUUUAACCUACCAUAUUGCGAAGCAG